CGCUCUGGCUAGACCCACGCUCGCCUGUCCGCGAAUUAAGCUCACCCACCCCCGUUCGUCGUCAUCCAGGGCUUGGACAUUCAACCACAACCGUCCCGUCCGUCCCCUCCUCCUCUCUCCUCUCUCUCGAUAUCUCACUCUCUCGAUCUCUCCUACAACAACAACCUCCACCCCCCUCCAACACACUGUCUCUUCUCAGCCCGGCCCUGGUCUGAGCAUGAGCACCACGACAGUCGUUGGCACGGGCCUGCAUUCUUCUGUGUUGUUGCCCAAUUGGAAACCGAAAAUGACAACCUCCCAGAACUCGCACUCGCCCUUGGAUAAAUUCCCGCUCUUCGACGACACCGUUGCGCCCACGUCCACCGACCAGAAAAGCCUCAACAACCAUCAGUCACUGCGCUAUUCGCAACCUACCAGAUGGCUACCGCGGAAACAAGCUUCCCUCUCCCCCAUUGGCCGUAAACAGCGCCCGCGCAAAAGUAUCAGCGAGGCCAUCGGGGGCUUUAGAGAUCGUGGCACGAGUGUCAGUGUCAAUGCCCAGGAGCUGGCGGAGGCUUUAAAAGCUCCUGUCUCAUAUAGACUUAUUGGUCUCUGUAUCAUCUGGUAUAUGACUUCCGCUCUCACCAACACCUCCUCCAAGUCCAUCCUAACUACGCUUUCAAAACCAAUUACUCUUACAAUCAUCCAAUUUGCCUUCGUAUCAAUAUGGUGCUCCGUCCUCGCCACUCUCGCCUCCCUAUUCCCCGCCCUGCGGCGAGCUAUCCCCGCCCUAAAAAAUGGUUUGCAGAAGCCAUCCGUUGAUGUCAUAAGGACCACGCUGCCCCUGGCCGUCUUCCAGGUUCUAGGACACAUCCUCAGCUCAAUGGCCACAUCUCAAAUACCCGUCUCCAUGGUCCAUACGAUUAAGGGCCUGUCGCCCCUGUUUACAGUGCUUGCCUACCGCAUCAUCUUCCGAAUCAAGUAUGCCAGGGCAACGUAUCUGUCCCUCGUCCCACUCACAACCGGCGUGAUGCUUGCCUGCUCUUCAGGCUUCUCUACCAAUUUCUUUGGUAUACUCUGCGCCUUCUGCGCCGCCCUCGUCUUCGUCUCCCAGAACAUCUUCUCGAAGAAACUUUUCAACGAAUCCAACCGCGCUGAAACGGAAGACCACGCAGGCGGUCCCCGCAAACUCGACAAACUCAACCUCCUCUACUACUGUUCUGGCCAAGCCUUCCUCCUCACCCUCCCCAUCUGGUUCGUCUUCGAAGGCUACAACCUAACAAAAGACUUCCUGCAUGAUUUCUCCAUAAACCUAUCCACCAAGUCCGGCACUCUGGACCACGGACCUCUCAUGCUCGAGUUCGUCUUCAACGGCGUCUCCCACUUCGCGCAGAACAUCCUCGCCUUCAUCAUUCUCUCCAUGAUCUCCCCCGUUUCCUACUCCGUCGCCUCCCUCAUCAAACGCGUCUUCGUCAUUGUCGUUGCUAUCGUCUGGUUCGGCAGCUCCACAACCUCUGUACAGGCAUUCGGUAUCGGCCUCACAUUCCUAGGUCUCUACCUCUACGACCGAACCAGCCACGACGACGCUGCAAACCGCCGGGCCAACGCUGACCGUUUCUACCAUACUAAUAAGAACCCUCUGUUACCGCUGAACACGAACAGCAACGGUGGUGCUGGUGGCGUCUCAGGCCCGAGCAGCAGCAGACCGUGGGACUCAAACGGGUACGUGUUCCCGUCGAUAUCAAAGUCGCAAGCAGAGUAUGCGAAGCCGCCUCCGCGCCAUCACAGUUUGAAGAAGGAGAAGGAUGAUGCGUCACCCAACCGACAUGGACAUGCGAGGAAAGCGAGUCCUGUCUGGCUGCCUCCGGGGACGAAGCAGGAGUCGACGUGGCAGGAGGGUGAUUCCCAAGUGACGCCAUCAAAAAAUUGAUAGAACUAAUGUUUUGUUAACAUUUCUUUUUUUUUUUUUUUUUUUCUUUUUCUUUCUCCUCGAAACGGUUUAAACAGUGUGUUUUUUCUAACGAUGCACAGAUUCUCUUUUUCUCCCCCAUUUGGCGUUCUGUUUUAAAACGGAGACAACAUAAACAUGAGGGUGCAUUUUCCCCUUUUCUUUUUGUCAUUCGCCUUAUUCACACCUUCCUAUCUCGUCUUCCUCUCGAUAUAUUUAAUUGAUCACUUCCCACCCCCAGUUUGAUUACAUCAAGGUGCCAGGAUCUCCUUUUUAUCAUACCUCUAUUACUUUGUUUCUUCGUUUUAUUCUUCUUCUUACGGGCGGACCAAGAUCAACUGAACGAAACUAAAACUAAAAAGGAGGGCGGAGUUUUUGGCUUUUUUCUACUUCUUGAUUUGUUUUAUGUUACACGGUUACCUUGAACCUUGGAACCGUUGCACAUUACACCCAUACUUACUAUAUACCUUCCAAACUACAGGGCUACUGUCCUCUUAUUUUUUAAACUAUGCUAUGUACGAGAGCAACUGCUGGAUAGAUAUGUAUUUCCCUAUUUUGUUUUUCUUCUAUUUUGUUCCAUUUUUAAUGCGUCUUCUGCCAUAUUUUUGAUUUCCCUUCUGCUGCUGCUCUUCCUCUUCAUUCUGCUUCAACACGGCCAUUUUAUCUGGCUUCUGAUGGGCUUUUGUGUCCUUUGUGUAUUAUUGUGUAUUAUGCCAUUUCUUUGCUUUUUCGUUUCUCCCCUAGAGACCUUGUCAUAGAUCUAUGUAUAGAUGCUUUUGAGGCUGGGACACCGAAAGACAUUGGUAAUAAGGUGGGAAGGUACAUAAAGAUCAGAGAAUUAUUACAAGAUGGUUGCUUUAAUGUAUAGUAGUACUUUUUUCUUUAAAUAAUUUGUUAAUGACACGUGUGUCCGUUUAGAGAAUUUUAAAUAUCAACGCAUCGUUCUCAAGAAGAACCAAAAGUCUGGAAAAAGAAAUAUAUUUUCUGUGUCG